UCACACGAGUCCUUUCAAAAUGGCUUCUUCUUCCUCCUCCUCAUGCACAGACGUAGCGGAUGGAAAAGACACGUUAUUGUUGAACACAAAUCCAUUGUCCCACAGCCCUUAUCUAGGCCGGUAUCAGGGCAUCUAUGAAGUUCUCACUCCAUCUGUCCCUGGGGCUGGUUGGCUCUAUCUGGUAAUCGUUUAGUUUGCAGUAGAAUACGGAAGAAGAAGAAGAAUAGUUCGUUGAGAGUGUUAAUGCGUUUCCAAUGUAGAUAAGACCCGCCUUUUUCCGUUCCAAAGUGAAUUCUUCAGUUUGCCAUCAAUCAUGGUCUCCAGCCACUGACUGACUGGGUACGUGAGUGAGUGAGUGAGCGAGCCAGUGAAUGAGUGAGUAGGUGGCCUUUGUGAGUGGGAUGCGAAUAUCCAGCCAAAGAUCUCCUCUUGGGACAACUUAUUUGUGACAAAAGUGAAGACUUGCAGUUCUACUUACGUACAAAAUGGAUUCGUCUGCCUACACACAAUCGGAGCCAGAAAUGGCCAAGGACUCGUUGGCCGUGAUUCGAAAGAUUUUGAGUCGAGAGGACAUGUCACGGAGUUGCUAUGCCAAUUUGGAUUCCAGAAGAGACUCCCUGUCUUCGAGUCCAGAAGAUAACUCGUUACUCUCGCUCCGAUCCCUGAUCUCCAGGCGUUCCAGGAGCUCGUCAUCAUCAUCGCCACCCAAAGUCAGUUCAUCCAUCAAGAGCUCUGCACUGUCAAGGAGAUCAUCCUCGCAAGAUGACAUGAGAGCUGCUCCGUCAUCGUUGUGCUCUGUCAGUGCGAGUCAUGCGGGAGAUUCGAAUCAAUUACAAAUUAUUCCUGAGAUUAAGAUCUCGUGUUCCACAGGCACCUUGAGUCCCACGUCAGAGUCUCGACAAUCGCCGACAUUCACCGUGGAUCCAAUGUUCCCGUAUAAAAGUGAACUCCAGUUGUCAUCCAGUCUACCCCAUGAGAAGAAAGAAGAGGUCAUUGCAGCUGUGAUCCACGGAAAUGUUCCCAGCCAGCUGGUUCCACCUCCUUUGGUCAGGGAUUCCACAGGGACUCACCUUCCCAAGGGCCUGAAUAGAUCCAUGAACGAUCUCAUGCCCAGGCACAAUGUAAUUGACAGCAGAACCAAAUCCCAAUUGACUGCUCUGGGUAUGAACUUUGGACCUCCUGCCUCGGAUCGCUCGUUCUUGAGGGCCAACUCGAGCGGGAACUCGGGCAGCAGUGCCCACGGAAGUGGAGACCGAGAAAAGGCAUCGAAACUGUUCCAAAAACAGCCGGAAUGAGUGAAACCAGGGAACCGGGGGAGCUCAAAGAGGCUUGCCUUAUAUGUACUGCAUUUGCCUCAUAUCCAAGUCAAAAUGCUAGGUUAUAACUUUUUGGGUCGGAAUGGCCAUGCAUGCACUGGGCAGAAAGCACUGAGAGAGAUUCAUCUUGAGUGGGAUCGGUCAGUUUCUUUUGGGGUUGGUAGGCGUCAAAGAAAAUGAAAGAGUACGUUGGGAUAAGGAGGGAAAGAAACGGGAGGGCUACACUGUCAAAUGACUUUUUGUUCAGAUCCUUUAUCAUCAUUCACAAUGCCCGAUCUAAGCAGAACCCCACCACCACUAACAACAACUAUAACAACUACAACAACAGCCACAGGCCCUCGCUCGUGCCCGAAAACAAAAGUAUGAUUAUGCAGACGACUGCCACAAAUUAUCAAUCUUUCAAAGAUGGAGAAAGUCUCGAGACAGACAACCGUUCCAACUAAUCAGGUGUGCAAGAGUGCAGAUGUGCCGGUGGGAGAAAUAAAAGUGCAUCCAAGUUGGCAGAGAUGAUUGAAUCCCGUCUGCGAAAAGACAUAACCCGGUGGGAAGGAAGCCUAGAGCUCUAGAUUGCAAUUCAAAGGUCGGAAACUAACUUUUGGUCCUUAAGAUCUGAAUUGCAUUUAUUAGCAGCAUCACCCCAUCAAGAUCCAAAUCCUCCUUACAAUGGCCUCAAAAGUGACCUUUUCCGGCCUUGAUAAGGCUCUCCAACUUAUGGACGUCCCUCUUGUUUCACUCAUUCAAGAACCUUCUCUGAUCGCCAUUUUUGCCAAAAGAAGGAGUCUUCAUCAGUCAUCUGUAAAAUUCGAAAGCCGUUCUCGGUCUUGUUUCGUAGGGAAUCCGCUGCCAAUAGACACAAGGAUCUGCUUCAAGCCCUUCAAAAUCCUCAAGCUAAAUGCAAUGGCGGAAGUCCUACAUCCAUGCUCUAUGACGACACAA